UCACCGCCCCCACCGUCCCCACCGUCCUCACCGUCCUCACCGCCCCCACCGUCCCCACCGUCCUCACCGUCCUCACCGUCCCCACCGUCCUCACCGUCCCCACCGCCCCCACCGUCUCCCCCACCGUCCUCACCGCCCCCACCGUCCUCACCGCCCCCACCGCCCCCACCGCCCCCACCGUCCUCAACGCCCCCACCGUCCCCUCCCCCACCGUCCUCACCGCCCCCACCGUCCCCACCGUCCCCACCGUCCUCACCGCCCCCACCGUCCCCACCGCCCCCACCGUCCUCAACGCCCCCACCCCCACCGCCCCCACUGUCCUCACCGCCCCCACCGCCCCCACCGUCCCCACCGCCCUCACCGUCCCCACCGUCCUCACCGUCCCCACCGUCCUCACCGUCCCCACCGUCCUCACCGCCCCCACCGUCCUCACCGUCCCCCAGUCCCCCACCGUCCUCACCGCCCCCACCGUCCUCACCGUCCCCACCGCCCCCACCGUCCUCACCGUCCCCACCGCCCCCACCGCCUCACCGUCCCCCACCGUCCUCACCGCCCCCACCGUCCUCACCGUCCUCCACGCCCCCACCGUCCUCACCGUCCUCACCGCCCCCACCGUUCUCACCGUCCUCACCGCCCCCACCGUCCCCACCGCCCUCACCGUCCUCACCGCCCUCACCUCCCCCACCGUCCCCACCGUCCCCACCGUCCUCACCGUCCUCACCGUCCCCACCGUCCCCACCGUCCCCACGUCCCUCACCGUCCUCACCGCCCCCACCGUCCCCACCGUUCCCACCGCCCUCAUCGUCCUCAACGUCCUCACCGUCCUCACUGCCCCCAACGUCCACACCGUCCCCACCGUCCUCACCGUCCUCACCGCCCCCACCGUCCCUAACGUCCACACCGUCCCCACCGUAGCCACCGCCCCCACCGUCUCCCCCACCGUCCUCACCGUCCCCACCGUCCCCACCGUCCCCACCGCCCCCACCGCCCUCACCGUCCCCACCGUCCUCACCGUCCCCACCCCCACCGCCCCCACCGUCCCCACCGUCCUCAACGCCCCCACCGUCCCCCAGUCCCCCACCGUCCUCACCGCCCCCACCGUCCCCACCACCGUCCUCACCGUCCCCACCAUCCCCACCGCCCCCACCGUCCCCACCGCCCCCACCGUCCUCAACGCCCCCACCGUCCCCCACCGUCCUCACCCCCCCACCGUCCUCACCGCCCCCACCGUCCCCACAAAUGCUUUUGAGGUCAGAUGAUGAGUUCAUAAAGGGUGUUUAG